CAGACUAGUUUGAGUGACGCGCUUGCUCUCAGCCCUGCCUGUUGCAGCCCAGGCUGUGUGUGCAGGAGCGGCUGCCACCCUUGUUCCCCUACUCUCUCUCUCUCGCUCCCCAUGCCUUGAUGACACCCAACUAGGGGAAGCCCACUCUCCCCCACGCCCUCCUCCCCUCCAAGCACACCUCCUCUCCUCCCCUGUGAUGUUUUUUUUUUACCCACACUGGAGAUCUUGUGUGACACAUAUAUCUAUUUUUUGUUGUUUUCCCCCCUCCCAAACUUCCGAUCUGCAGCCCGCCUCUCCUUCUCCUGGGGUUUCUGGUGUCGUUGCAUGAAAUCGUCAAGAAGUGGAUCAGCUCGGAGGAUCUCUGGGGCCAGAAUAACUCUUCCUGCCCCCUCCCCAAAAAAGCAGCGCCCGAGAUCCGCUCAGCCAGCAGCAGCAGUAGCAGCAUGCCGAGGCGGAAGCAGCAGGCGCCUAGAAGGGCAGCAGCCUAUGUCUCAGAUGAACUGAAAGCAGCGGCACUUGUUGACGAAGAUGUGGAAGGUGAAGAUGAGGUGGAAGCUGAAGAUGGGGAGCCUUCAGCAAAAUACACAUGUCCUGAAACAGAAUUCACAAAAAGCUCUCCAAGUUACCAGCACUCUCCAGUUGCUGAAUUUUCCAGCCAUGAAAUGGACAGUGAUUCCCAUGUGAGUGAAACUAGUGACCGCAUGGCUGACUUCGAAAAUAGCUCCUUGAAAAAUGAGGAGGAAAGCAAAGAAACUUUGGCACCUCUUGAAGAUUCCAAUGUAUCAGACAGUUUAGAACAGAUGAAAGCCGUUUACAAUAACUUUCUUUCCAACUCCUAUUGGUCAAGCCUCAGUUUAAACCUCCACCAAUCUACUUCAGAAAAGAACAAUGCUAGCAGUAGUAGUAGCAGCAGCAGUAGUAGCAGCUGUGGGAGUGGAAGCUUUGACUGGCAUCAGUCUGCAAUGGCCAAAACCCUACAACAAGUUUCUCAGAGCAGGGUUCUUCCUGAGCCAAGCCUUUUCAGUACUGUCCAAUUGUACAGACAAAGCAGUAAAUUAUAUGGUUCUAUUUUUACUGGUGCCAGUAAAUUUCGUUGUAAGGACUGUAGUGCUGCUUAUGAUACUUUGGUUGAAUUAACGGUUCACAUGAAUGAAACAGGACAUUACAGAGACGAUAACCAUGAAAUUGAUAACAAUAACCCUAAGCGAUGGUCUAAGCCACGGAAGCGUUCUUUACUUGAAAUGGAAGGAAAGGAAGAUGCCCAAAAAGUACUAAAGUGCAUGUACUGUGGUCAUUCAUUUGAAUCACUUCAGGACCUAAGUGUUCACAUGAUUAAAACAAAACACUACCAAAAAGUGCCUCUCAAAGAACCUGUUACAGCUGUAACAGCAAAAAUUAUCCCCACUUCUAGAAAAAAACUCCCUUUAGAACUCGAACUUCCAAGUUCUCCAGAUUCAACAGGGGGGACACCAAAAGCAACAAUUUCAGACACAAAUGAUGCCCUGCAGAAGAAUUCAAACCCAUAUAUUACACCAAAUAAUCGCUAUGGUCACCAGAAUGGUGCCAGCUAUGCCUGGCACUUUGAAGCUAGAAAAUCUCAGAUAUUGAAGUGUAUGGAAUGUGGAAGUUCCCAUGACACCUUGCAGGAGCUCACUGCACACAUGAUGGUUACAGGACAUUUUAUAAAAGUAACAAAUUCAGCACUGAAGAAAGGCAAACCUGUCAUAGAAGGACCAGUGACACCAACAUCUUUGCUAGAUGAGAAGGUACAGUCUGUACCAUUAGCUGCCACAACCUUUACUCCUCCAGCCAAUAACAACAUGUGUAUCUCACCAAAAUUAAAUGUUGAUAUAAAGAAAGAGGUUGAUAAAGACAAAGGAAUCCCAGAUGAUAAAAUUAAAGACAAAGAGAAAUUAAAUGAAGAAGAGGAAAAGUUUGACGUCUCCUCCAAAUAUCAUUAUUUGACUGAAAAUGAUUUAGAUGAAAGUCCAAAAGGUGGUCUGGAUAUUCUCAAAUCCUUAGAGAAUACAGUGACAUCUGCUAUAAAUAAAGCUCAAAAUGGCACUCCAAGCUGGGGAGGCUACCCUAGCAUCCAUGCUGCUUACCAGCUUCCUAACAUGAUGAAGUUGUCUUUGGGUUCCUCAGGGAAAAAUACACAAUUGAAACCUAUGUAUGGGAACAAUGAAGUUAUGUCACCAACAAAAAAUCAAUCAAUGGUGUCUCCACCAAGCAGUCAGACCUCCCCUGUGCCAAAAACAAAUUUUCAUGCUAUGGAAGAGUUAGUCAAGAAAGUUACAGAGAAGGUAGCCAAGGUGGAAGAAAAACUGAAAGAACCAGAAGGCAAAUGCUCACCAAUUAAACGAGCAACACCAUCACCCAGUGGCAGUGAAGUGAGUGAGUCACUUAAACCUGAUGUUAAUUGUGAAGUUGUGUUUAAAAGCCAGCAGAACAGCCCAGUUCCUCAAAGAGAAAAUGGAAAGGAAAGCCCAGUGUUAGAACCUGUGGAAAAUGGUAAAGAACAUGUAAAGUCACUUAUAGGCAGCUUAAGUAGUAGUACUGCAAUAAUAACAGAUCAUCCUCCAGAACAACCCUUUGUCAAUCCUUUAAGUGCACUGCAGUCUGUUAUGAAUAUCCACCUUGGAAAGGCAGCUAAACCAUCGCUACCUGCACUGGAUCCUAUGAGUAUGCUCUUUAAAAUGAGUAACAGUUUGGCAGAAAAGGCUGCAGUGGCAACCCCACCUAUACAAGCCAAGAAAACAGACCAUUUAGACCGGUAUUUUUAUCAUAUCAACAAUGACCAGCCCAUAGAUUUGACAAAAGGGAAGAGUGACAAAAACUGCUCUUUGGCAUCAGCACUUAUGUCAUCAACAACAGUGUCUUCUGCAUCUUCAUCAUCUACAGUGACAACAUCAAAGACAUCUGCAGUUGUGUCAUUUAUGUCAAACUCACCUCUUCGAGAGAAUGCCUUGUCAGAUAUUUCUGAUAUGCUGAAGAAUCUGACAGAAAGCCACACAUCAAAAUCCUCUACACCUACCAGUAUAUCUGAAAAAUCUGACAUUGACGGCAUCACACUAGAGGAACCAGAGGAAAACACACCAGCUCAGAAGAGAAAGGGUCGUCAAUCUAACUGGAACCCACAACACUUGUUAAUACUUCAGGCACAGUUUGCAGCAAGCCUGCGACAGACCUCAGAAGGAAAAUAUGUAAUGUCAGACUUGAGUCCUCAAGAAAGAAUGCACAUUUCAAGGUUUACAGGACUCUCCAUGACCACAAUUAGCCACUGGCUAGCCAAUGUGAAAUACCAGCUAAGAAGGACAGGUGGGACAAAAUUCCUUAAAAACUUAGACACUGGACAUCCAGUAUUUUUUUGUAAUGACUGUGCCUCUCAGAUAAGGACUCCUUCUACAUACAUCAGUCAUCUUGAAUCACAUCUAGGUUUCAGGAUAAGGGAUUUGUCCAAAUUAUCCAGUGAACAAAUAAACAAUCAAAUAGCACAAACAAAAUCCCCAUCAGAAAAACUGGUGUCUUCUCCGGAUGAGGAGAAUGGAACUUCCUAUCAGUGCAAACUUUGCAAUCGGACAUUUGCAAGCAAGCAUGCUGUUAAACUCCAUCUAAGUAAGACACAUGGGAAAUCGCCGGAGGAUCACCUUCUGUACGUCACUGAACUAGAAAAGCAGUAGUGUUUGCUUUUUUUUAUGAAAAAUGACUGUAGUUUGCUUUGAGGAAAAACUGUCAAAGAAGCCUUAAAGCAACCAUAUAUUUCUUGGCACAUGUUCCUAUUUUAUCUGCGGAGAAUUACUCUGGGUUCUGAACUGUUUUGUAAAACUGUACAUUGUUUAAUAGAGGUGCAAACUCAGCUUUGUUACUGUUAAAAUAUGAAGGUUAAAAUACAGUGGUAAGUGUUUGGAAAUUGUGUAAAUUAAAUUAGCUGCGUGCAUCCACUGGUGCACCAAACUGCAUGUAUUAACAGACAGUUUAAAUAAGCAUUUAUAACAAAAUCUGGUACACUAUUUUUCAUUUUGAUUUAAGUGUGCUAGGAUUUUUCAGCCUUUAAAUCUUUAGCCCUCUGAGUACUUUGGAACACUUUUUUUCUGUUCAUUUAGUAAAACUUUGUUUUUUUAAAAAAAAAAUAUGAAAAUUUCAGUCCAUAAUACAAAACUCUGCUCACAAUACUGUGCAAGGUUUUAUUCAAGUUUUAAAAAAAUUGGUGUAAAUAAAUGUACAGACUUGCAUUAUGAAAAUUGUGGUUGAUGUUGAUGACAUUUUUUUCUCUUCUGCAUUUUUACUUGUAUUUUAAGGAACUGAUGCAGUAUAGUAUGCCCUUUACAUAAGCUGUGCCUAUGUAUAUUAUAUGUUUUUUCUAACCUCUUCAGUGCCAUUGAACAGGUUAAAUCUCUUUUUUUCUACACCCGAGCAUUGUAAAUUAUUUAAUAGCUACAAACAAACAAAAAAUGGCUUUAUAAAAUAUUCAAAAACUAUUAUUCUAAAACAAAAAAGUAUAAUUGUUUUACAAUACAUCUAUAUAGUUAGAAAUUCAUGUUUAAAUUAUACAUAUUUAUUAGUGGUGUAAUAUCAUUUUCUUUCAAACAACAAGUCUUGAAAAGCCACAGGGGCAAUGUGCCUACAGUUUUGCACAACUUGACUUUAAAAAAGUAUAUUUAUUCGGGUAAAAAAAAAAAAAAAAUGGAGGUAAGAACAUUAUUCAAAUCUCAGUGCUCAAAGGGUUAAAAACUAUUUGGAGAAAACUUGUACUGUAUUUCCCAAGCAUUGCUAAGCCUUCAAAAGGAAUGUUUGUACUAUGAUAUUUUGCUUAAACAUUCAGAGGCAUUCUGUAAUAUAUAUCCACUUAUUUAUAAGCUCCCCGGGUUGUUAUUCCAUAUUGUAGAAUGCCUUUUUAUUUCAUUUUUUGUAAGUUUUCUGUUUUGUUCUGUCUAAUUAUUCUCCCAAGAUUCCAUUCUGCAGCUUUAUCUUACGGGAUAUGAAAGGUAACCCUUGGUUACCACCUCACUAAGUGAUUCAGUUCGUCUCAUUUUUGGCAGUUAAUUUGCAGGAGUAACUGACAGCUGACACACCAUACCAGAAACUGUGUAUAAAAUAUUGGCGUGUAAACAGAACAGACACUCUAAUGCACUCUGUGUCCUUUUUAUGUUGUUGACAAAGAAGCACCGUCAUAUGAUUCUUCAUAUAACCUUUUUUUUUUUCUACAGCAACAUUAAAAUUGUUUUUUCUUUUUUGCUAUAA